CGUCCCUUAUUAAGAGCCGACGUCGAUCGCCCGGAAAUGCACAGUAGUAAUCAGUGAUCGUAGAAAUGUGGAAGCUGCUUCUCCACAGCUCUCGUGGCAGCUCCAUUCGGGGUUCCCUUGCAUUUGUCGCGACUCUGUCAUCUUCUUCCUCGUUCUCUGCUCCUCUUUCUCAUUUCCCAUUUCAAUGCCGCCUCCACCUUUCUCCUCCGUCUCAUUCCCAAUUUUUCCCACCCUUUCAGUCCCCCGCUCUCCUGUCACUCGUUGCCUUCCAUUCUUCUUCCUAUUCUUUCGACUCAAAAUUGAAACAAGAAUUGGCUGACAAGGAGCCCAGGCCUGACGGGGGCAUUAAUAAUUCUAGUGUCAGAUUUGCUGACGAGGAUUAUCCGACGGGUGACUUUGAUUUUGCGCCCACCACUGGUUGGAGUAAAUUUCUUCUGAAGCUCAAGACGCUCAUUGCAUUCCCUUUGGAGGGUGUUCGCAGGGGAAGCAUUCUCACAAUGAAGCUGCGAGGCCGGAUAUCUGAGCAGCUCAAGAGUCCUUUCUCUCAAGGACUAUCUCUACCUCAAAUUUGUGAGAACUUUUCAAAAGCAGCAUAUGAUCCUCGUAUUUCUGGUAUCUAUCUCCAUAUUGAUAAUUUGAAUUGUGGAUGGGCUAAAGUUGAAGAAAUUCGAAGGCAAAUAUUGAAUUUCAAAAGAUCUGAAAAAAUUGUUGUGGCUUAUGUCCCUUCGUGCCGAGAAAAAGAAUAUUAUCUUGCAUGUGCAUGUGAAGAAAUAUAUGCCCCUCCAAGUGCUUAUUUUUCGUUGUUUGGAUUCACCGUUCAAGCAUCGUUCCUCAGAGGUGUUUUAGAUAACAUAGGUAUUGAACCUCAAGUUGAAAAGAUUGGGAAAUACAAGAGUGCGGGGGAUCAGCUUACUCGUAGAACCAUGUCUGAAGAAACUUGUGAGAUGAUGACUGCACUGCUUGACAAUAUUUAUGCAAAUUGGCUGGAUAAAGUCUCUUCUUCAAGAGGAAUAAAGAGAGAAGAGAUUGAGAAUUUCAUAAAUGAAGGAGUCUAUCAAGUAGACAGGUUGAAAGAAGAAGGCUUCAUUACGAACAUAAUGUAUGAGGAUGAGGUUAUUGCUAGGUUGAAGGAGAGACUCGGAUUGAAAACAAAUGGAAAUCUGCAUAUGGUGAAUUUCAGGAAAUACUGUAGAGUUAAGAGAUGGACUGUUGGAAUAUCAGGUGGUAAAGACCUGAUAGCCAUCAUACGAGCCUCCGGGAGCAUUAGUCGUGUCAAGGGUCCAUUGAGUGCAUCUAGAUCGGGUAUUAUUGCUGAGCAGUUCACUGAGAAGAUUCGCAAAGUAAGAGCGUCCAGACAAUAUAAGGCUGCUAUUAUCCGAAUUGACAGUCCUGGUGGUGAUGCCCUUGCUUCUGAUUUGAUGUGGAGAGAAAUCAGACUUUUGGCUGCCUCGAAACCAGUCAUUGCGUCAUUAUCUGAUGUUGCAGCAAGUGGAGGUUACUACAUGGCAAUGGGAGCUGGGACUAUUGUAGCAGAAAGUCUUACCUUGACUGGAUCAAUUGGAGUGGUCACAGGAAAAUUUAACUUGGGGAAACUGUAUGAGAAGAUUGGCUUCAACAAGGAAAUUAUAUCAAGGGGAAAAUAUGCUGAGGUCCUGGCUGCUGAACAACGUCCUUUUAGACCAGACGAAGCAGAGCUAUUUGCCAAGUCUGCACAGCAUAUUUAUAAACAAUUUCGAGAUAAGGCGGCUUUUUCUAGAUCAAUGACUGUAGAAAGGAUGGAGGAGGUUGCACGGGGGAGAGUUUGGACUGGUGAAGCCGCAGCUUCACAUGGUUUAGUUGAUGCUAUUGGUGGGCUUUCUCGAGCCGUUGCCAUAGCGAAAUUGAAGGCUAAUAUACCUCAAGACAGACAGGUUACUCUUGUGGAACUUUCCCGACCUUCUCUUCCAGAGAUUUUAAGUGGCGCAGGGAAUGCCCUGGUUGAAGUAGAUAAUACAUUGAAGGAACUGCUUCAGGACUGGACAUUUUCUGAUGGAGUUCAAGCUCGGAUGGAUGGAAUCAUGCUUGAGAGGUUGGAAGGAUAUGCUCACCGCAACCCCGUUUUGAGGCUGAUGAAGGAGUUCCUUGGUUCUCUGUAGCUUUUGUUGAUGGUUUAUUCUAUCGUCUUCUGUUCUCAUGAAUAAGUCCUUUACUCUUCCACUUUCGCCGGAGUAAGGAUCCACCUUCCCAUAACUUCUGUUACGUAUCCUUUUGCCCUUGCCAUUCCAAUACUUGAUAUGCAUUAAAUAAGGUGCGAAAAUGAUAGCACAUUGGAUCAAGCAACCUAUAUAUAAAUUGCCAUCUUGCCAGUCCUGCGGAAUUGCUACGCACACAAUUUUUCUUUCAGAAAAAUUAGAGACCUCUUGAAAAAAACGGAUCAUUUUUUUUUUUGAAAAAUUGUAUAUUAUCUAUAUCAAAACAUAUUCUUUGGAAGUUUGAUGUAGAUUUUGCCCUCUUUUUUUAGUUUGAUUUUUUAUGACUGUAUAAUAUUUAACUACAAUAAGCUACGUGUAUUCUUGUAUUGGCUAUAGAAAAUAAAUACAUCCAGAUUAAAUUGGAAA